AUGAAAAUCUUGGAUGAAGACUUCCUUUCGCGGUCCGUUUCGAGACAUCUUGAUCGGGAAAUGUACAAGGCUCUGCUGAUCUUUUUGCCAGUUCUGAUAGAGUGCGAUAAGUUCAUCUGUAUGAAAUAUAUCUUAAGUCGUACUCAAAUCUCUCUUAGCAUUACUGAUUACGUGGUCAUUGAAGACGAGUUGAACAAACCGGCUAAUCACUCUGCUUUUGGCAAGAUCAGUGCCGAAUUGUAUACAGCUGUGCUGUCUCUCGAUAGUUUACACCAAAAUCACUUGCUGACGCAGCUGUCUCGGAUCGAGACUAGCAGAUUAGAGCAGCUUCUGGUGAACUUUGUCUGGUGGUUCUGGCCACAAAAUGUCUACAGUGGGUGA